GAAGUUAUGGUUACAUUACCAACAAAAGUAUUUAAAGUCUUUUGAAAGCAAUUGGAGUCAUAUGCGAAGCGAUAACUUCUAAAUUAAAAUGUUAAGCACGCAGCGGGAGAGAGAAAACUUUUAUAGAAUUUCGACAAUUAUUGUUGAUCACGGGAAAGAGUCGUUGAUUUUGUUGCUAGAUAAUGAACUAAACACUAGCAAUCAAACACUGGAGGAUUUUAUAAACUUGAAUCAACAUGAAAUAUAUCAUUUAUGCUUUAACAGAUAUACAUGUUGCCAAUGUAUAAAUGGCAGAUUACCACUUACAACUCCCCCAAGUAGAGUUCUACAUCCGGAUCAAUUAAAUGUACUUCUAGACAAAAAUGGGCAACAACUGUCUUGUCAUAAUAUAAAAAGCUCAUUACAAUUCUAUUGUUGUCCAGCAAAAACUACACUUACACCAAAGCAUCUGGAUUUAACACUUCUUCGUUGUCUACUGAUUAAUUUUGCCACCAUCUGUCCUCAGAAUAGCAGCAUACGCCUUGUAGUUGAUGACCUUGUUGGAUAUCGGAAUAAAUUGUAUGGACAUGCAGAAGAAGCUAGAUGUUCAGACACUGACUAUAUUCUAUACAAAAAUCAAAUUGAAAAAGUAAUUCUAACAAUUGCAAAAUCAUGCAAAAAAGAAAGUGAAAUGAAACAGAAACUUAAAGAUACUGAGGUUCGACCAUUGGAUGAAACAAUUUGUCAACAGUACCAGAUUUGUUUGCUACAUGAUAUUCAACAAAAUGAAGACAUCAGAAUGGAAAUAAAUAAUCUACGAGAACAAUCGAAACAAAACAAUGAUCAAAUUGUUCAGCACAUUUUGGAAAUCACCACCAAUAUUUCAUCUCACAAUAAAACAAUUACAGAAAAAAUGGAAGGCAUGCAGUUGGAUUUUGAUAAAAGGGAUGAAAUUUUAUAUGAAAGAAUACAAAGUAAUGAGGUGAAACUCAAUGACGAAGUCUAUAAACAGAACAAAGAAGUUAUGAGGACAAUAGGAAAAGAGAGAGAAGUUCUGCAGUUGAAUCACGAGGAACUCAUUGGACAUUUAAAUCAGACUGAACUCAAUAUUCGAUCGACAACAGAAGAAAAAACAGAAAGUAUUCUUACACACGUCGAACAGACAAGACAAGAGAUAAAGGAUAAAAUUGACAACAUAAGUGUGGAUCUUAAAGAAAAAGUGACCAUUGAGGUGGCCAAAUUGGGAAUAUUAGAUUUAAGAAAGCAAAAUCUUAUAGAUCACAGCAUUGCCAGAAUCAAAAGUCACCGAGGAGAUGAAACAUUUGUUGAAACGUUUGCACUUGAUAAGGGGAAAAAUGUAUUAAAAGAACAAAACCUAGUAAUUAUCCGUGGUAAAGGAGGAUCUGGAAAGACACAGAUAGCUCUUCAUUUAGCAUCUGUUUACCAAGAUGAAGGAUACAUUCCGCUUUUCUUCUCGGACAAAGAAGUUAUUAAGUACAGAGAUUUAAUUUCAUUAACCGAUAAAAAUAUUGUAAUUGUCGAGGAUCUGUUUGGUAGAACGAGCGUUGACUUUUACGAAGAUUACCAUAGAAAUAUUCUGGAUAUUUUGUUAAGUUGUUUAAAGACGUCUACUCUUUUAAAAAUGGUGUUUACCAUCAGAAACGACCCAACAUGCGAGGAAAGCAUUUUAGCAAAGCAUGACAUAUUUCAUCAGAAAUGCAUUCUCAAUUUGGAUUAUGAUUACAGCCUGUCAGACAAAGAACGUAUCACCAUUCUUUUGAGUCAUAUGAGAUAUAAUGCAAUAAGCCCAUGCAAAAGUAAAUUAAAGAUAGAUGUAUGUUUUGACUACGAUCCUUUGCCUGGCUGUUCAUCUGAAUGUACUGCAAAUGUUCAGCAGUUACCAUGCGGUAAAAUCCAAAUAUGUACCGACACAAUUUAUACAUGCUGUAUGAGUGAUACAUAUGUUGGAUUUCCGGAAACGUGUCGUAUGUUUUGUUGUGAUAAAUCAUUGACAUGUCUUGGUGUUUCAUAUUUCCGUAACACAAAUAAAUCCUUAAUUAAUAAGAUCAACGAUCUAUUCUCAGAAAGCUUUGAAAAAUUAUCAUGUCGGUAUCAGUACAGUGUAUUAGUUUACACUGCUUUGAAACAUAAUUUCUUCGAUAACAAUAUAAUAGAAAGUCAUAUAGAAAAUGAUCAACUAUUCAAGAGAAUAUUUUCCUUAUUUGAUAACAGGGAAACAAAGAUACGAAAAACAUUGGUCCAACAAGCUAUACGUAGCCUUGAAGGUGGAUACCUGAUCAACAGUUCUAGGUACAAUGAGUUUUACCUAGAUAAUUGUCCUGAUACAUUAGGAAAGGCCUACAUGUUUAAACAUCAAGCUGUACAUGAUGCUGUUCUGGUCUCAUUCGGUAACGAAUGCCCCGAAAUGUUGAUGAAUCUGGACAUCUGUGAACUCCAAUUCAUUUUACAAUAUAUAAGACCUAGCUUAAAGCAACCUGACCCGAAAUCAUCUGUUAUCCAUGUUGACCCUAAAUUAGUCAUUGAUAAGCUUUGUUAUUUUCUAGAGAAAGAUUUUCUUCUAAGUCACUGCGAAAUGUUUAAACUUGUAGGAAUAUCUCAUCCAUGGUUUCCUCCGCGAAUUGAAGGUCAAGAUGAGGAAGAUGACUACCAAGAACAAUGCAAGUUUGAUGAAAGCGAUAAAUCUGAAUAUACUGAUGACGUGAAAAGCUUACUCGAUUUACAGAAAGAGGAUCCUGGCAGCGACCAAAGUACCCAUGAUGGUAAUAGCUUACUCGAUUUACAAGCAGAAGAUCCUGGUAGCGAUGACAGUGCGGAUGACGCCAAAAGCUUAUCCGAUCUACAGGCAGAAGAUGCUGGAAGCGAUAGAAGUGACACAGAAGAAGAAAAUGAUAUCUGUGAAUUCGCAUAUCAAAUUAUUCGUGGUUGUCCAGAAAUGAUAGGAGAAUAUAUUCGAAAUUGCAUUAUUGAAAGGCGAUAUGUUUCAUUUGUCAAAAUAUUUCUUGAAAGACUUUCUAAAUUACCACCACAACCAGAGCAAAUGACGAAGUUUCUCAAUGGACUUACCAGAAGAGGCACCUGUUUGAUGAAUUUGAAAAUCAAUUCCGACAUCAUUCGUGAUUGUGCUUUUAAAUAUGCUGACAUAAAUGUCUUUUGUCUAAUUUUUAGACCAGAGAGUUCGACUAUCAAACAUUAUAAGUUUUAUCAACUAGACGAUACAUCACUUCAGGUAAAGCUUAUUUCUAUCAUUGACGAAAAUAAAACUUAUAAAACAAUGGCGGAAAUCGGCAACUUUUUAUAUAGAAUUGGAGUAGAUGAAGGAAAUUAUGAAUUUGUCAAUAGAUUCCUAGACAGCAUUUUAGAUACAUAUAGGAGUAAAGAAAACCACUGUAAAAUUCGUUAUAUUAUCGACGGGAUAUCGGCAAAAGGCAGGCGAACGGACGUGGUGUCCCGGUUCAUAGAAUUCAUGCAAACAAACUUACUAACCUACGGAAGUAUUAAGACUAUCAUUGGCCUUUGGGAAGUAAUAAACACUGAAAUAUACAAAACUGAUAAGAACACUGCAUCAUUAAUGGUAAUUCUAGAAGAAAAGUUUGAGGAACACAUACUGUUUGGUACAGAUUUUGAAGACGGAGUAAAUUACAAAGCACAGACACAAGAGUAUGGAGCAUGCGUAUACAAUCUAGGUAUGAAAGUUCAAAACAACAAAUGUAUUGAACAGCUUUUGUUAAAACUAAAUGAAACUUACGAAUUGUUAAUUAAAUGUGCAUUUUUUAUUGGAUCACCAAAUAGUCUUCACUUUUUAAUUUAUUUCUAUAAAGGAUUUACUAACUUUCGGGCGCGAAAAAAUGAUGCAGAACAAAUGUGUCCUUCGGGAAUGGAAAAACUAUAUUGUCAUAUUAAGCGAUAUAAAACAUUUUUUAAAAAGGUGAAAGAAACAAUAAGAUGUACCAACUCGUCUGGUGAAUACGCCAUUCCAUUUUCGUGGUAUUUCUCUCUUGCCAGCAAGGACAAACUCAACUCAAAGACCAGUGAAGAUGAUGUUCAUGAUGGUAAUUAAGAGAAGUUUUGAAACAUAUUAUCUGCAUUUGUUUGAUAAAAAUACUCCUUCGUGGAAAACCACACUGGUUCCAAUAACAAUUACAUCCGAGGCAGAAAUGAUCAAACUGUGGAAUUGUAUAAUCGAUAACAAUUUUUGUAGUGUAAUGGACUGAUAUUCCAACAGACGGUCGUUUAUUCUAACGGGUUUUAAUUUUGUCUAACUUGUUUUGUACUCCUCACAUGACGGAAUUCAUACAAAACUUACUUUUAAGACCAAAUAGAACUUUUUUUCAUAUUAAUCAAAGAUAAAAGUAUCAAACAAUAA